UGUGGGUACCACCUUUAACAAAUGACACUUGUUCCCCUCACAGGUUGGGACAUCUUCUCCUCAUGCCUCCCACAUCAGUACCACUAUGUUGCUGAUCCUAUGAACUGGACUGAAGCUCAGACCCACUGCAGAGAGAUAUACAUGGACCUGGCCACCAUUGAAAACACUGAGGAAAUAAACAAGUUUCUUAACACAGUUUCAUCUUUUGGUCUCAGCUCUAAUGUCUGGAUUGGCCUGUACACCAAAAUCAACUGGAGGUGGUCAGACGGCUACACAGGGACAGGAGCUGAAUAUAGGAACUGGAAGUAUGAAAGCCAACACGUUUAUUCAGCUCAUGAAUUCUGUGUGAAAGUUGCAAAGGAUGGAACUUGGUGGGUUGAUAAUUGCUAUGCAAAACGUUUCUUUAUCUGUUACAGAGGAACUCAGCUGAAUCCUGAAUUUGUUGGUGUGAAAGUAGCAAUGAGUUGGUCCAGUGCUCAGAGCUACUGCAGGAAGAACUUUAUAGACCUGGCCAUUGUGAGGAACCAGAAUGAGAACCAGGCGGUUGCGAACGUGGUGCCGGUUGGAUACUUGGCAUGGGUUGGUUUGUUCAGAGAUCCUGACUUUUACUGGUCUGAUGGGAGUAGCUUCUCAUUCACAUACUGGUACUCAGGUUCCAACCCAUUAGGCUCGAUGAGGGUCGCAUGCGGUGUUGCAGCUUUGCAGAGUUCAGGAACAUGGAAGUUUCUUCCCUGUGAAACCAGAUUACCAUUUGUCUGCUACAGCGUCCCUGUAAGCAGGCAGGCGGUAAAGCUGAAGAUAAAGCUGGAGGACUCCUCUGUGGAUCUGAAUGACCCUGCUGUGAAAGCUGACAUGCUGAAAAAGCUCCAGGACUGGCUGAAGGAGAAAGGAAUAAGAGUCACCCUGAAGUGGAGAGAGGAGCCUGAUGGGAAAGUCUUCCAGAAGGAGAACAAGACUGAGCUUUAACACUGAAAUCCAACUGUACUUGUGUUUAUCUGUAAUACUUGGUGAAUGUACUCUCUAUCUGCUAAUACACACAGUACACUAUUAUCACUGUACCGAGUGCUUAACCAGAACCCUGAAUACAUCCUGUAGACUGUCGUAGAAGAGUUAUGUCCC